AUGGAUUUAUUAUCUGGUGUUGGAGGCUGUUGCUCGUCGACUGAUAAAGUUGAGAGUGUGGCUAGUAGGGAUAGCAGUAUUAGUCUUGAUGACGGUGCUUAUAAAAGAUAUACUCCUGAGCGUGUCAAAUCCCCCUUCUCUUUCGAUCUUGGGAUAUUCGAUGAACCCAGUCUUCAUGGGCCGACGCUCCCUACACCCAGUAUUGCAUCUUCGCCUUCAGUCGUUGCGCCAAUGGAUGUCUAUCUUCGAUGCAACGAGAGCCACGAGUCCAGAAUGAUGAGACUCAGUGGUACAGCCUCACAACAGUACAAACAUACCGAGCUUAAGGAUAUUUCCCCUGCAGGGACUUGUAGUUGGGAGUUUGUCUCAGCACAGAUACCAAACACUCCAGUGCUACAGCCUGCACUCACUCCCAAGCCAACAGCCAACUCUUCUCAUACAAGCGGAAACAAAAAUAUCUUUUCGGGCUCGGACAUGUCUGAGCUUGCGUUGUCUGUUGAUUCACAGCCUAUGGGUGACGAUACGGAGAGGUACGAGGAGGCUAUUGCCGAAUACAAAGCUGCUUCUAAGCGAUACAAGUAUGAGUUUCUGUUCCUUUAG